CUACUUUAAAGUCAAAACUUCUCUUCUCUUUGACACCAACAAAUCCCAAUGGUUUCGCCACCAUCCCUCUGGAUCUCCCAAUCCUUGCUGCAGCUGCAGAAGCGGCUUCCAAUUGCCUCACCGGCUUUACGCGCCUUCUUGUCUCGCCUCUCUUCUUCCAUUCGACACGGUUUCUCUCAGCGUCGCCCCUGGUUGGAGCUCGUCGACGGUAGCUCCAUUUCCCGCCCCGAAACGCUAUCCGAGGCUCUCUCUCGCAUCCGCAAGAACCUCUCCUACUUCCAAAUUAACUACAUCACUCUAAUUGCAUCAGUACUUGCAAUCUUUCUAAUCUCUCAUCCUUUCUCAUUCCUACUCCUCCUCUGCCUAUUAGCUGCCUGGCUCUUCCUCUACACCUUCAGAUCCUCAGAUCAGCCUCUCGUUAUCUUCGCUCGCACAUUCUCCAAUCGAGAGACUCUCGCCGUACUCGUUGUCUCCACUAUACUUGUAAUUUUCCUCACCAGCAUCGGAUCGAUCAUCAUUUACGGUUUAUUGGUUGGAUUUGCUAUAGUUUGUUUCCAUGGAGCAUUCAGGCUUCCGGAGGAUUUGUUCAUCAACGACCAGGAACCGGUGAACCCCACUGGUUUCAUCUCUCUUCUCGAUGCUGCAACUCCAUCCGGCACUGCAAGGGUUAUGGUAUUAUAGCCUUAACUACUUUAAGGUAAUAUAUAAUAUUCAUUAUUAAAGCUCCCAUCCCUUUUACUCAUUCAUGUAACCAAAAACAUAUAUAAUAUGAUUCUAUAAAUUAUUCAAAGUUAAGUAUUCUUUUAAGGUAA